GCGUCGGCCGAUCGACCACAUUACAUAAGUUCUGGUGUGCGUUCCAUGCUGCGUACGAUCGACCGGCGUUCAGUCGCUUGUACACCAUGCUGGGACGCGGUACGAUAACGCUGUUGGUGCUGCUCGCGAUCGCAUCGUCAGCUGAUCGGUGCGUCGUGCUGGCAUUUCGCAAAUCGUUUGAAGAGCUAAGCGUACACACACUUCCCGAUUCCGGUUCGCUAGAGGAUUGCUCACUUCGAAUGCAAAAGUUAGCGUAUGAUGAGCCACCAGCAGCACCAUUGCAAGAAUUUCCUUCUUUUUCGCGAGACUUUGCUCACCUGGCAGCGAUAGGAUGGAAGUCAAUGAAUGGUGGCGACAUCGAAUGGCGCUGCAGUGGAAGCCUAAUAGCGGAAGACUUUGUACUUACUGCUGCACACUGCACAAAGGAUGAAGGCGUGGAACCUUUCGUCGUUCGUUUGGGUGAUCUCGAUCUUUACAGCGCUAAGGAUGACCGUUACGUGCAGCAGAUCGAAAUAGCCGAGAUAAUACGCCAUCCCGAGUUUAACUUUAACAGCGCCUAUCACGACAUAGCGCUGCUGCGGCUGAAGAAAUCCGUGACUGUCACCGACUUCGUCACACCGGCAUGCCUGUACACAAACGAUUCCUUAACGUUCGACAAGCUGCACGCAACGGGUUGGGACUUUUACGCAGAAGUUUCUCCACCGAUCGUUACAACGCCCCUCAAUCCAAUCAAUCAAGAUCGGUGCAAGUUUUGGUACCGUGACAAUAAGGAAGCUUUCCGGAAGGGGAUCAACCGGAUGCUGAUGUGUGCGGGUGACGAGCAACUGCAGAGUUGUCCGAGUGAUACGGGAGGUCCGCUGCAGGUGAAACUACUGUCCAGCUCCCGGUACACACCGUUUGUUGUUGGAGUUUCGGCGCUGGGCGUUCCGUGUGGUGCAACGACGCCCGGAGUUUAUGCGAAGGUACCGCACUAUAUACUGUGGAUCGAAGCCGUUACGAAGCUCGUGUAUCAUCCGCCCGAUUGUGUUAUAAGGCACAUUUCCAAGCGAGAAUUGGAAGCGUCUAUUGUGGCACCGGAGUUGAAGACCACCGCCCUGGAAACCCAUCUCACCGGCAAGAAAGGAACGGUCGAGGCAAAUCCUUUGCGUGCUAAAUUGCACGUAUUCAAAGAAUUUAAGUGCGCCGUCGGGAAGGAUGGUGAGAAUGUGGAGUGGAUUUGCGGUUGCACAAUUGUUGCACAGGACUUUGCACUGACGUCGGCCCGGUGCGUCAAGGAUGUUGAUGUCGAUGUGGUGAACUAUCGCAACGACUGGAAAAAGAUAGCCGAGGUAAUCUUCCACCCGGAGUACGACAGGAAGACACUGUACAACGAUCUAGCACUGAUUCGGCUGCAAACCGACAACCGUAACCGAUACGAGUGGAAGGCGGUAUCAUGCAUUGGAACUCCGAGCGAUGACGACGAUCAAAAGGAAUCGUUUCUUUCGUUCGGUAUCGGGCCCUACAAUCUGAAUGACAAUGGUCUCACGGAUGGCAAUGCCGACGGUACCGAGCGCUACCUAACGGCCACGCUUCAACCACUACCAAACGCAAACUGUACCGAAUCGUACAAGGGUUACGGUAUCCUAAAGAGUGGCCUUAACGAAACGCAGUUUUGUCUCGGUUCCGGCGGAGAUCAUCUCGUGCCCGGUGCGUGCGAACCCUGGAACGGUAACGAGGUGCUGAACGAGAUUCGCCCACCGGUCGAUACGAACCCGUUCCCGGAGGAUCUGAUUGGUGUGAGUUCGUACGCGCCGGACUGUGGGUUCGGCCGGCGGCCGCUGGUCGCCACGCGGGCAAUCGCUUUUCUCGACUGGAUGAACAGCGUCAUCUACAAGACGACGAGCGUGCACACCGUGCCGCAGGUAUUGGUGGAGAAGGAGCUCGCGCUCGACUACAUCUGCGAGGCUUCCGAUCGCGAGGCGGGCGUGUGUGUGCAGAUUGACCACUGUUCGCACCGGGCACUGGCCAAGGAUGUGGUGAAGGUGUGCACCAACGAGACGGCAACCAUUGUUUGCUGUCCCGUGAAUUCCUUCAUCGCCACCGCCCACCUGCCGCUGCUGACCGAGUGCGAAACGAACUAUCAGCGGUUUCGCAAGAAGUACGCUGACUUUGUCGGUGACCGUGCCGGGCAACCGCUGGACGAUGGUGACCAUCCGCACUCGGUCAUGAUUGGCUGGAAGGUCAACAAGACGUCCACGGCCUGGCACUGCAUGGGAACGUUAAUUAACCUGAACACGGUCCUCACGACGGCUGGCUGCACCAACAGUGUGCGGAGACGCAGCCCGGAAGUGGUCAGUAUCGGCGAAACGAAUGUUGCACGGAUCUACGAUGGUGUGGCGCAGAUCAUACGCGUAAAGGAGACAAUCCGCUACCCAAGUUACAACCCCAAAACGCACGACAAUGACAUAGCGGUGCUGAAGCUGGAAUCGGACGUACUUGUGAACGAGAAUGCCAUCCCUGCGUGCUUAUGGCGCGAUUUGAACCGGACACCGUACUACGGACAGGAGGUACACUUCGACGGUCAAUCGUUUACGACGCGGGACAAGAACGUGGUACACAACCGUGACUGCCAGCUGUUCACUUCGCACACCGAGCUUACCAACGAUCAGCUGUGCUGGCAGGAGUUCCGGCUCCGUCCGGACGGUACCGAUGCACCGAACUGUGGACGCAAGGGCGAUCCGUUUAUUACGCUGCAGCGGAGCAACAAUAUCUAUUUGCCAUAUUUGGUCGGCCUGUACAGCUACGACCAGCAGUGUGGAGGCGGUGAACCGAUCGUUGCCACACGCAUCUCGUCCUACAUCAAUUGGAUUAGUCUUUACAUGUAGGGUGGCAUGUUGCGGUUACC